UCUGCCUGCUCCACUGAUUUACCCCCUUCAACCUUCACCCUUGAAGAUUGAAAAGAAAUAUUAAACUAAGAGGUUCCUUUUGCAGUUAGUGGCACUGCAUGUGAUAAGGAAUCACUCAGUUUAACUUUAUAUGCCAAUCACUCACCGGCCAUCCAUCAUACUCCUACUCCGUCCUUCCCUAUAAUAUCACUCACUUCCUUUUACUAGUUAAACCCUCUCCAUCUCUUGCAUGUCCAAGAACCUUUUUUCCAAAAUCAGAAUACUACUUUGAUAUUCCAGUCUUCAUUCAUAGGGAAGAUGGGAGAGCAAGUACAACAGGAACAACCCAAGGCUGAAACCAAGCCUGAGGAGAAGAAAGAACAGCUUGAGGAAACGAAAGAAGAAAAACAAGAGGAAAAGCCAGCAGAGGAGAAGAAGGAAGAGACUAAACCACCUUCCCCAUGUGUGCUAUUUGUGGACUUGCAUUGUGUGGGAUGUGCCAAGAAAAUUCAGAGAUAUAUCAUGAAAAUGAGAGGUGUUGAGGGAGUGGUAAUUGACAUGACAAAAAAUGAAGUGACCAUAAAGGGUAUAGUUGAGCCUCAAGCGAUCUGCAACAUAAUUACCAAGAAAGCAAAGAGAAGAGCCAAUGUUAUAUCUCCAUUGCCUGCAGCAGAAGGAGAACCUAUACCAGAAGUUGUCAAUUCUCAGGUCAGUGGACCAGUUACUGUGGAACUUAAUGUAAAUAUGCACUGUGAGGCCUGUGCUGAGCAACUCAAGAGGAAGAUACUACAAAUGAGAGGUGUUCAAACAGCAUUGACAGAGUUUAGCACAGGGAAGGUUCUUGUGACAGGAACUAUGGAUGCAAACAAGCUAGUGGAUUAUGUCUAUAGACGCACCAAAAAGCAAGCCAAGAUAGUUCCUCAGCCAGAACCUGAACCAGAAAAGAAAGAAGAGAAUAAAGAAGCUGAGAAACCUGCAGAAGAAGAGGCUAAACCUGAAGAGAAGAAAGAAGAGGAAAAGCCACCAGAAGAACCAAAGAAAGAAGAGGGUGGUGAAGGUGCUGACAAGAAGAAUGAGAACAAAGAAGAAAAGGGUGGUGAAGAAAGCAAAGAAGAAGCCAAAAAAGAGGAGAAUGUGGUAAUGGCUAACAUUGAUGACGAAGGCAUGAAGAGGAUGAUGUACUAUUACCACUACCCUCCACUCUAUGUUAUUGAACGUCUACCACCUCCUCAACUCUUCAGUGAUGAAAAUCCUAAUGCAUGCUGCAUUACAUGAAU